AUGAAUUUCCUGAAGCCCAGAUUACUUAGACAAGCCACGCGCUUCACAGUUGCUCAGAGUCAACCUUGCCAUAGGCUCUAUGCAACGGCGGCUCCUCGAAGUGAACACAGCGACGGCUUUUCUCCGCAACUGGAACGUACCAAGCCUAUACCCCAGUCACCCAGUUUCUACACUACUCGCGCCGUAUACUACGACCAAAUCAUGUUUCUCGAAAAGGCAAUCGGUAGUACAGAGACAUUUCUUCGCCAAAAUCAUCUUCUACCUCUUCCCGACUUUGCCAGAGCGAGCCUUCCCCCAGUCCAACCUGUUUGGAAGGACCAGGAAGAAAUGGCGCUCGAAUUGAAAACGAAGAUGACGACGACGCGUUAUCGAAAGGUCACUAAGCUUCUCAACCAACUGAUCGACUUUGAACGCAUUGCAGCCACCGGUGGAUGUGCAGAGCUUUCUAGGCAACUACGAGAGAUCUUGGAGCUCUACGAAAGUAGCAAGAAAGAAGCGUUCCUUGCUAGGGGAAAGAGAAAGGUCGUUAAACUUGAUAUGUACGGCCGUUCUUAUACAGUAGGAAAAAGAAAGACAAGCUCUGCCCGCGUCUGGAUGAUUCCCGUUCAAUUACCAGCCACGCCAACUGAGCAGGCAGAAGGCGAGCCGACCGACGCAAAAGCGGCGGAAACAUCAGCGGGCUCACCAAAGGGCUCAAAACCAGCGAAACCAGUGCAUGUUACCACCACCACCAUCUUAGUUAACAAUAUGCCUUUGAAUCAGUAUUUCGCCAUCCCAGCCGAUCGAGAAAGAAUCACCCGACCAUUCAAAGUUGCUGGUGUUCUCGGGAAAUACAACGUUUUUGCUAUUGUUCGUGGUGGAGGAAUUUCAGGGCAGGCAGGUGCCCUCGCUCAUGGCAUUGCAAAAGCUAUUGUUGCCCAUGAACCAGACCGAGAAGUGAUGUUCAGAAGAGCCAAACUUACAUACCGUGAUCCUCGUAUGGUCGAGCGUAAGAAGACUGGCCGCAGAGGGGCCCGCAGCGCAUACACAUGGGUCAAGCGUUAA